AUGAGGCAGCGAGGAGACGCAAGAAAAGCUCAAGCGAACGCAAGCGGAAUGCAAGUGAACUCAAGUAAACGCAAAACGAUCUCGAGCGAAGAGCAAGUAAACUCAAGCGGACGCGAGCUUACAAUCGCCCUCAGGACUUUAAUUAGUCAAGGGCGAACUCCCGUCGGGUCGCGUGGCGGGCGGGCGCGUGCGGGCAGUGGCGGCGGCGGUGGCGGUGGCUUCGGCUUCGGAUAUGGCGGCGGCGGCGACGGCGGGGGCGGCGGAGGGGCAGGCGAUGCAACUGAGCAAGAUUUCUGGUCUCCGCUGAGCUUCCUGCCGGCUGUCCGCUUCGCUUUCGUGUCUUGGGCGCCUUGCCUCCUGGGCCUUAGGAAUAAAGCAAACCGUGCCCAUGGAACCGCCCCCCCACCCCCCACCCCCAAUGAGCAGGAAGAAGACUUACUCAAGCUAAGACACCGCCCACUCUCCACCGCACGACGGCGCUCCAAACGCUUCGUGGGCGAGAGACAGUAUCUGAUUACUGUCAUCUCGGGGAGGCGGCAGCUGGGAUCUCCAUAA